AUUCUAUGGAGAAGCACAUUUUCUCUUCUACUUGUAAUUUAAUAUUACUUUGUUGCUUCCUCAAAUGGGACUGACCAACAAGCUUUACUAGCUUUCAAAAAUCUUAUUAUUACAAGUUCCAAUUAUUUUUUGGCCAAUAAUUGGACCAAAAAUGAGUCUUUUUGCUCUUGGUUUGGUGUCAGAUGUAGUUCAAAAAGGCAAAGGGUUGUAGCCUUGAGUCUUCCUGGUUUGCAACUUCAAGGCACAAUUUCCUCAUUUUUGGCCAAUUUGUCCUUCCUCAGUGUUCUCAAUCUCAAGAACAACAACUUCCACGGUAGCAUCCCUCCACAUGCCUCACUAUCUCUAAGUAACAUGCCUCACUAUCUCUAAGUAACAUGCCUCGCUAUCUCUAACAACUUCCAAUUUGGUAAGCUUAAACAACUCUAAGGGCUAUCUCUAAGUAACAAUAAAUUGCAGGGACAUAUUCCAGAGUCUGUAUGCCAUUUAUCUAAUUUGGUUAUAUUAUUUAUGGAUGCUAAUCAGAUCUCUGGAUUUAUUCCAGAAUGGUUAGAAAAUCUUAGCAUGCUGCAACAUCUUUAUUUGGGUUCUAACAAGUUUUCAUAAAAAAUUCCAUUGAACCUUUGGAAAAUGAGUGGUCUUCUCUAUUUAGAUGUGUCACAAAAUUCUACAGAGGGAGGUUUUCCAUCAGAUAUUGGAGUACGGAAAGCCAUUGUAGAAAUACAUCUUUCCAGUAACCACUUUUCAGGAAUGAUACCAAGCAGAUUGGGAAAACUCCAAAACCUGCAGCAUCUUGACCUGUCGAAUAAUUCAUUUUUUGGCCAAAUUCCAUUAUCCUUUGGCAACUUGGUAAGCUUGGAUUUCUUAAAUUUGUCUUUAAAUGCAUUGUCAGGUACUAUUCCUAAGUCUUUGGAAAAACUCUCAUACCUUAAAAGCAUUAAUGUUUCAUUCAAUGGUUUAGAAGGUGAGAUACCUGGUGAUGAUGUGUUUGCAAAUCCCACUUUGCAAUCAUUUCUCGGGAACAAAGGUCUUUGCGGAAUGCACAUACUGGAGAUUUCUGUUUAUGCUAUCACUAAUCCUGGAAAACAAUCAAAGCAUAAGGAGGUUAUGCUAAAAAUUGUUACUCCAAUGGUUAUUUCAUCCUCGGUGAUAUUCUUGUUGGUUUUAAUUUGGGUAAUGAAACGACAGAAGAAAGGUUUUUCCAAAGAUGUUGAAAAGGUAACGGAGAUCAUGACUCAUCAAUUAGUUUCUUAUCACGUGAUUCAACGAGCAACAAAUAAUUUUGAUGAAUUCAAUUUAAUUGGCGUGGGAAACUCUGGCUAUGUGUACAAAGGCACAUUAUCAAGUGGAACUGCAGUGGCCAUUAAGGUUUUGGAUUUGGAAAAUGAGCAAGUAUGAAAGAGGUUUGAUAUCGAAUGUGAAGUGAUGAGAAAUGUUAGACACAAAAAUCUUGUUCCAGUGAUUACUACAUGUUCUAGUGACUGUAUAAGAGCCUUUAUUCUUCAAUUUAUGCUCAACAGGAGUCUUGAGAAUAGGUUGUACAGAGAAGAUUUCCCCUUGAGUCUUCAUCAAAGAGUCACCAUAAUGCUUGACGUGGCAAUGACAAUUGAAUAUCUACAUCAUGGUCAUGUCACUCCAAUAGUUCAUUGCGACUUAAAGACAGCCAACGUUCUUUUGGAUGAAGAUAUGGUGGCUCAUGUUGGUGACUUUGGCAUCUUCAAAAUUUUAGCCAUAAGUAAGUCCAUGGCACAUACCGAGACGUUGGGCACUAUUGGGUACAUGGCACCAGAAUAUGGCUCGGAGGGAAUAAUGUCAGCUAGUGGUGAUUUAUAUUGUUAUGGCAUAAUGUUGAUGGAGGUUUUGACCAAAAGAAGGCCAACAGAUGAAGAGAUAUGCAAUGCAAAUCUUGACUUGAGGAAAUGGGUAACACAAUAAUUUUCAGAGAGUAUGAUGGACGUUGUGAAUGCCAAUAUUUUCUCUGAGGAAGAACAUAUCACUUCUAAAAGUGAAAUCUGCAUUGCGUCCAUGAUAGAAUGGCUUUAGACUGCACAAAUGAAAUGUCAGAAUCAAGAAUAAACAUGAAAGAAGUAGUCAAUGGGCUUAACAAAAUCAACAACGCAUUUCUAGAAACAUAGAAAUUUCUUCCGGUGGUGUUAUUUCUGAGCUGCAAGUGAACAUGUUGCUUUUUGUUUACCUGGUUUGUUGAAUAAAGUCGUGUACAUGUACUGUUUGUACUUCAGAGUGUUGCAUUUCCCUUAUUUUGUGAUUUCAGAUUUGAGCAGUCUUUAAUAUGUUUUGAAUGCUGUGCUUGAAUAACAUUAAGAAAGUGUUUAGCUGCACUAA